AUGUCGACCACCCAGCGCGCCAUCCAAAUCCAGGCCCCCAAGGUCGCCAAACUCGUCACCAACGCCCCCAUCCCGCGCCAGCGCCCCGACCACAUCGCCGUCGCCGUCUCGCACGUCGCCCUCAACCCCACCGACUGGAAGUCCAUCGACACGCGCGGCGAGCCGGGCCUCAUCUCGGGCUGCGACUACAGCGGCGUCGUCGAGGCCGUCGGCGCCAACGUCGCGUCUGAAGGAAGAUUCCGCGUCGGCGACCGCGUCGCCGGCGUCGCCCACGGCGCCAACGCCAGCAACAGCGAGGACGGCGCCUUCGCCGAGCACAUCAUGGCGCGCGCCGCGCUCGCCACCAAAGUCCCGCCGACCCUGUCCAUGGCCGAGGCCGCGACGCUGGGCGUCGGCGUGACCACCGUCGCGCAGGGGCUGUAUCAGAGCUUGGGGCUGCCGUGGCCCGGCGCGACGGAGCAGAAUGGCGGCGAUCAGGCGGCGGCGGCGGGCAUCCCCGUGCUGAUUUACGGCGGCAGCACGGCGACGGGGACGCUGGCGAUCCAGUUUGCGAAGCUGAGCGGCUGCACGGUGCUGACGACGUGCUCGCCGCGCAACUUCGAGCUCGUGCGGCGGCUGGGCGCCGACCACGUCUUCGACUACAACGCGCCCGGCGUCGGGGCCGCGAUCCGGAAGGCGGCCGGCGAAGAUGGACUGGCGCACGUGUUCGAUUGCGUGUCGCAGCCUGCGAGCGCGGCCAUCUGUGCCGACGCGUUCGGGGCCGCGGGCGGCAAGUACAGCGCGCUGCUGUAUCUCGACGGCGAGUUCCCGCGCGAGGACGUGGAGGUGGAGACGACGAUGGCGUAUACGGCCAUGGGGGAGGAGUUCAGGAAGGGGACGAAGACGACGCCGGCGAGGCCGCAGGAUUUGGAGUUUGCGACUAGGUUCUGGAAGGUGGCGGGUGAGCUGCUGGAGCAGGGGAAGGUCAAGCCGCAUCCGCCGCAGGUGCGCGAGGGUGGGCUCGGUGGGAUUUUGGACGGGUUGGAGGAUAUGAGGCAGGGCAAGGUCAGUGGUGUCAAGCUGGUGUAUAAGGUCCAGGACGUUUAG